AUGUGGAAACCGAACCUCCACCUUCAAAGAGGCGCUAUAAGGCCUCGGGUUGCUUGCAUCUGCGCGCACGCCUCCAGGCUCUCCUCGACGACUUCGUACCUUCCCCGCCAGCGACGCUGCUUCCAUGAAUACUUCAUCACACACAUACCCUCGACGUCACUGCACCCCGACUCGCGAGUUGCGCAACCUGCGCUGCAUCACAAGCUUCCGCGCGACAAAAGCACGCCCUACAAUGCCGACGGGUCAGGUCGCUCGCCGGCUGCCGUCGUGGGCACGUCGCGCGAAAUGACCGUCGUACGCAUACCAUUGAAGAGCGCGAAACACCAUUUUGGUGUCUCGUUGUCGCGAGGAACGCGGCCAUACAACGAAGAUGCGUUCCAGGCAGGUACCAUCGAUCUCCCCGCAUUUGCACGGCGGCGACCUAUGUCUCUAAGCCGAAAGGGACAGAGCGCGGACAACGACGAAGUCACGCCGGACGUGGGUGCCAGUGGAGAUCCUCAGGUCUUCUACUUUGGUGUCUUCGAUGGACAUGGCGGCGCCGAGUGCUCUGGCUUCUUGAGGGAGCAGUUGCACGACGACCUCGAGAAGGCGACCAAGCAAUUCGAGCUCAAGAGCAGUCUCACGCGGGAAAGAACAGAGACGCAGUCUGGUUCUCCAAAAGCCAAAGGCGAGGCAUCUUCUGGCGAUCGAAGGCAAAGAGACAAGGAGAGUCUGAACGCUAUCGAGACGCAUACGCCACCAGGCACAAAAGCUAUGAAGCCGCCACAACCUGGAAGUAAAGACCAGCUACCGACCGCCGGCUCCAAGUCUAUGGAUGGUCCAAUCGAUGGCGUCCCGCCAGUGCGGCAGUCGGACAGCGUGCGGAAAGCUGAGGAGCUAGAACAGCACUUGGUCAAGCAAUGGAAGGAGCUUGUAGGCGGAUACUUCAGACGCUUCAAGCCAGAGUACUUUUCCAUGUCUGCAGGCGGACGCGGCCAUCCGGCGGAGAAAGAAGUCAUCGAAAAGCGCCAUACGAGCUCCCCAGCGAUACCUGACGACAUCAAAGAAGGCAUCGGAAUCGAGACUGUGUUAGAAUAUGCUUUCCUCAAAGCCGACUACGAUUUCGUUGCUGCUCAGGUCGGUAAGAAGGAAGAGGACCCUGUUCGUGCGGACAAAGCUCUGAACGACGAUGACAUCCUUGGCCAGCCCUCGCGCACGACUACCAAGCACAUCGGGGGCACGAGUCGCUUUAAAGGAGGCAGCACGUGCAGUGUAGCUCUCAUCUCUACACCCACGCCGUCUCCCUUCUGGCAUCCUUCGUCUCCAUCCUCCCUCAUCACCGCUCACGUUGGAGAUACUAGAAUACUACUCUGUAACACGGCAACAGGUCUGGCUGUUCCCUUGACAUCCAAUCACCACCCCUCUCUCCCCGAAGAGGCCACCCGCCUCCGCCGCUUCGCUGCCUCAUUUGUAACUGACUCCUUUGGUGAGGAGCGCAUGUCCGGCCUCGCAAACACGCGUUCCUUUGGCGACAUGGCACAUAAACGCGUCGGAGUAUCUGCCGAGCCUGAGAUUCGUAGAAUAGAACUCUCGCCAGCAGAAUACUCGUUCCUCGUCUUGUGCUCCGACGGCGUGUCUGGGCACCUUUCUGAUCAGGAGAUAGUGGAUAUUGUCAAAGAAGCGAAGACACCAGAGCAGGCUGCGAGAGACGUAGUUAGUUUUGCUACUGAGACUUCGACUGGCAGUGAAGGCGCGGACAACGCAACCGGUCUUGUCGUUCGAUUGGGUGGAUGGGAGAGGCGAGGAGAGGGAGGACUGGGCAGUUUGGGGACGAAGGAAAUGAGAGAUUGGAGGAAGAAGGAGGCGGAGGACCCUCGUGCUUCUGGGAGGAUGUAA